UACUCCCGAAAAAUCCCUUAUUUUUACCAUUUUCUCCCUUAAUACCCCACUUUUUUCGUUUUUUAAGGCGCGAAAUUAUAGAUUGUGAGUUGGCACAUGUACCUAGGUGGGUAAAAAUAGGUCAAAAUGGGCGUAAAUGGGUUAAAAUGGGCAAUAUUUAUGUUGGUUGAGGUGAAGAGGCUGACUGUAGGGAUCAGCUGUGAGGAGGAAAGUUAAGGUGUCGGGUCGUGGCUGUUUCUUGGUCCAUUAUCUACCCCCAGCUGCUCUACCACGGGGCCACCUGCCUCCCACACCCUCAUAUAAUGUCCGCCGGAUGCUGUGGCACCAAGAAACCCAAGUUAAAUGGCGGCCCACAGAUGGCAAGGGAGAGUCAACCGGGUCUUGAACCACAGACACUGAGGACAUCACUGCGUCACUGUACCCACAGCAACACUGCCAAGGCUCAAAAGUGUGGGUAUCCUUAUGGACAUUUGAACCCCACAUCUGCCCGCAACCGCUCAGUUUGUUGUUACAACGGCACUACGCCAACGACCAACGGCACGCUACGCAACGGCCUCAUCCCCAUAGCCAGCCCGGAGAUGUGCUUCUACUGUUUUGAUGUGCUGUAUAGCCACCUGCACAAUGUUGAGCCACCGAGCACCCCGGACUUCACCAACGAGCCCUUUCCUCUGUUUGUGACCUGGAAGGUCGGUAAGGACAAGCGGCUACGAGGCUGUAUGGGUACGUUUAGCCAUAUUAAUCUCCACGCCGGACUCAGAGAGUACGCAGCCACCAGUGCGUUUAAGGACUCGCGGUUCCAGCCAAUCGGAAGAGAGGAAUUACCGCGGCUUGGGGUAUCUGUCUCCAUCCUCCGGCACUUUGAAGAUGGUCGGGACUAUAGGGAUUGGGAUAUAGGAGUCCAUGGGAUCAGGAUUGAGUUCCUGAAUGAGAGAGGAGCCAAGAGGACAGCUACCUACUUGCCGGAAGUUGCUCCCGAGCAAGGUUGGGACCAUGAGCAGACUAUAGAUUCGUUACUCAGGAAGGGUGGCUAUAAGGGCCCGGUGACCAGCGAGGUUCGACGCAGCAUAAAACUGACCCGUUACCAGAGUGAAAAAAUAUCCGUUACAUUUCAGGACUACAUGAGCUACUGGAGAAACCGGCGCUGCUAGCAUUCGCUGAACCUUAGGGAUGCAAGAUGCUGUGGGAGUGUUGAUGCUGUGGGUGGCGUAGGUCGCGGCGCGGCGCUCUCCCGCGGUGGCGACAUUUGUGGCACGUCUGAGGUCCACAGACAUCCCGGCCACCAGUAUUCUCAGGCUGCUUUUCAUCAGUAUCAUCCUGGCAACCAGAUAACUCAUCACAAUUGUUCUCAUCACGUUAUUGCUCACAACAAUCAUCUGCUCUACCAUCAUCACAAUCCCCGGUCACCGUCGCCACUCCAUCUGCAGCAUUACUCCAUUCGUGGCAGCAGUAGCAGCAGCAGCAGCAGCAUUAACAGCAGUGGUAGGGCCUCUGCUACCAUCACCACCACAACCACCAACACCAACACUCCCCCACUGGGGUAUGACUCAGCGGGUAACUCAGGUCUGGGUGCAUCUCUCUUGUGUGUCACCACCUCAGGUCAUAAUGACUUCGCUCUGUGUGGCGGCCCUCCAGCCCAGGAGCUAGCCCUGAUGAAUCACGGAGGUUGUCCUGCUUGGUGUUCACAUCACGGAGGAGCACCGGAGGGGGAUGGAUGCUUGGACGGCUUGCGCCGGGCAUCCAACAGGCUGGCAGAUUUUCUAAGAGGGCUUUUUAAUUCUUGAUGGUUGUUUUUAAUUAUUUUAGCAUAUUAUUUGUUAAACAUCGAGUGUCGUUCAUCUUAAGUUUGGUCCAGAACUUAAUUUGCUACUUUUAUAAGAAUUUUGUACGGAUCCAGGUCAUUCCAUUGGUCCUGGGAAUAAUUUCUAAGAUAAAACUUGUAUUCAUUUGCCCACACAAAGAAGAGAGUUGUUAUAUCAUCUCAUGCCUGAUCGGAAAUCAAAUCUUCAUGCUCAAAAUCACAAUGGGCUGAACAGUAGAAGGAACCAGUGGUACUGGGAAUGAACAUAGUGUAGUGGAUAAUUACAGUGAACUGGGAAGUACAGUGCCUGUGCUCUGGAGGUGUGGAGAUAUGUUGCAGUUUUUGAACUGUAGUGUAGACAUGCCUCUGGCAAGACAGUGAUGGAGUGAGUGACAAUGAAAGUGUUUCUUCAUUUUCGGGUUGCCCUGCCUCGGUGGGAGAUGCCUGAUGUGUUAAUUAAAAAAUUGGUGGAUCUGUGGUUCAAAUGAGAAUGUGGGUAUGAAGCCAUGAACAGUGGCCCCCUCUAGCGCUCCUGAAACAACCAAACGAGCGUGUGGAGUAUGGAAAAGUGGUCAGCUCGUUUGGACACCAAACACGUGUGCUUAAACAUCAGUGGUGAUUGUAACUACCAGUUUUUCAUUCUUUUUUUUUUAUAUAGAAAAUGUUUGCUAAGCAAGUCACCAAGCCCUGGGCUGGCCUUUCCGCUCCCGUCCGCAUGUGUUGUGAUCAAUAGGGCUUUGUUCUAGCCCGACCCCACACCAGUCUUUCACAUCAGCGGCAGACAAAACUCUAGACCAGUUUGAUGAGGCUCCUCUCUAAACCCAUUCAAAAAACUACAUUGAACUACAAGUAGUUACCAAACAAGAAUAUUUUUUUCCUUAAUAGUCUAUCAUGAAAGCAAAUCAAUCAGUAUUUGUGCUUGAUGAAUAUGUGAAUCAACAAAGGUACUCGUCAUACUCAUCACCCAAUGAGGUUUGUUCGCCGCUAAAAUUUUGUAUCAGACUGCCUAGUCGUGAGGACGGCAAUUUGCCGCUCAUCUGUUACUUACUACUGAACGAUCUCAUGUACAGUGUUGUUACAGGAGAGAACUUAUUUAACACACGUUUUGUAAAAAUAGUUUUCAAAUGGUGGGAAUAGUUCGGCAGUGAGAACAAGUGGUCAAAAUAGUCGCCGACUAUCCCGCCGCACUUUGUAUUGCGAACGCCUCCUCCUCAACUUGGCAAGGAAAUAUCGUAACUUACCAAGUGUAUCUCAGUGAUAUGAUGUGAUAGUUAUACCAAAGGUGACUUGAAACCAUUGUCAGUUGUGCAGAGGUGCCAAGAACUAUGACAAAGGCUCCAUUCUCACCUGUUCUCUGAGAGUGUCGCCAGCACCUCAGUACUUUUAUGAUUUUGAAGAAUGUAAAUGUAGAGCAUCAUGUGGAGAGUAACAUUCCUGAAUGUAAUUGAUUUUGUUCUGUACAGCGGAUCAUUGGCAACCCGGCGCUCAAAUUAAUCCAGUUGGUACCAUGAACCAGAUGAGGUGUUCAACUUGAUUCAGUUGGUACAUCGAAUCGGAUGAUGUGUUCACCAUCCGGUUGGAACAUUGAACCAGAUGAGGUGUUCACUGUCAUCCGGUUGGUACAUCGAACUGGAUGAAGUGUUCAGCUUCAUCCGGUGGUCAGGGUUGAUGUAUUGACCUGGUUGGAUACACAUUAAUGUGCACUUGAUGAGGUAAUCUAGUGUCAUUGUGCACCUGUUCUUCCAUGUUGAUGGUGCACCUGUCCUUCCUCCUUGCUUAGGGUGCACCUGUCCUUCCUCCUUGCUUAGGGUGCACCUGUCCUUCCUCCUUGCCUAGGGUGCACCUGUCCUUCCUCCUUGCUUAGGGUGCACCUGUCCUUCCUCCUUGCUUAGGGUGCACCUGUCCUUCCUCCUUGCUUAGGGUGCACCUGUCCCUCCUUGCUUAGGGUGCACCUGUCCUUCCUCCUUGCCUAGGGUGCACCUGUCCUCCUUGCCUAGGGUGCACCUGCCUUCCUCCUUGCCUAGGGUGCACCUGCCUUCCUCCUUGCCUAGGGUGCACCUGUCCUCCUUGCCUAGGGUGCACCUGCCUUCCUCCUUGCCUAGGGUGCACCUGCCUUCCUCCUUGCCUAGGGUGCACCUGUCCUUCCUCCUUGCCUAGGGUGCACCUACCCUCCUUGCCUAGGGUGCACUUGCCUUCCUCCUUGCCUAGGGUGCACCUGCCCUCCUUGCCUAGGGUGCACCUGCCUUCCUCCUUGCCUACUGUGCACCUGCCCUCCUUGCCUAGGGUGCAUCUGCCUUCCUCCUUGCCUAGGGUGCACCUGCCUUCCUCCUUGCCUAGGGUGCACCUGUCUUCCUCCUUGCCUAGGGUGCACCUGCCUUCCUCUUUACCUAGGGUGCACCUGCCCAUUGCCUAGGGUGCACCUGUCCUUCCUCCUUGCCUAGGGUGUACCUGCCUUCCUCUUUACCUAGGGUGCACCUGUCCUUCCUCUUUACCUAGGGUGCACCUGCCCUCCUUGCCUAGGGUGCACCUGUCCUUCCUCUUUACCUAGGGUGCACCUGCCCUCCUUGCCUAGGGUGCACCUGUCCUUCCUCUUUACCUAGGGUGCACCUGCCCUCCUUGCCUAGGGUGCACCUGCCUUCCUCCAUGCCAAGAGUGCAUCGAGAGCGCCGGGUAGUGGAGGUGCACUAUACAUCAAUCCACUCCUCCCUACACAAACAUCUGCCACAAUACAACAACUGCAUUACACAACAAAGCGGAAGAGUUCCGCCAUUCAUUCAAUUUUCUGCUCUCGGUUCGAAACGAAUAAUUGUUGGGGGAGUUAAGGUACUUAACGAGAAGUAUAAAUUGUUACAUCACUAGAAAAUUGAUGAUUGAAGAAUUGGUUGAAUAUAUUUGUGAAAUGUAUUAACAGGAAAAUUUCAACAUGUAAAAAUCAAUUUUUUGAAAAUUUCCAAUUUUUUUAUUUUUGGAAAUUUUCAAAGUUGUUACAUCUCCAGAAAAUUGUUAAUUGAGGGAAAAAAUUGAUUGAAUACAUUUGUAUAAUGUAUUAAUGGGAAUUUACAGAACAUGGAAAAAUUGAUUUUUGUUUUUUUUUAAUAUUUCAAUUUUCCAAACUUUUGGAAAUUUUCAAAAUUGUUGUCUCCAGAAAAUGGUUGAAGACGAAAAUUAAAUAUAUUUGUAAAAUGCAUUAAUGGGGAAAUUUCACUAUGGAAAAAAUCAAUUUUUUAAUUUUUGGAUUUUUUUUUUUUGAGGGGGGGGGGGAGUUUUGGUACUUAAUAAGAAAUUGAUCAAUUGUUCCGUUGCUGGAAAAUUGUGGAUUGAGGGAGAAGUUGAUCGUGCUUCAACUUGUGAGGUGCAUUUGACGGGAGAGCUCUAAACCUGUAGGGGUCGGGUGUGAUUGGGAUUGAUUCAAAGGGAAGGGGUAGGGCAGCUCCAGGUCUCUGGAUCAAGAGACUCUUGGCACCUGUUGUGGGUCACAGUUCUCAUGUAAAGCUUUUUAAAGUUCAGUUUUUGUAAGUAUGAUUAAAGCUCUAUGAAUGUAAUAUACAGCUCUAUAAAGUCAUUUUUCUCUUUUAUAUGAUUGAAAAAGUUCAUGUGUAAAGCUCUGUAAAAUUAACUUUUCUUUUAAUAUGAAAAAAGCUCCCUUAUGAAGCUCUAUAAAGUUCAAUUUUCUCUGUAACUAUGAAAAGCUCCCUUAUAAAGCUCUAUAAAGUUCAAUUUUCUCUGUAACUAUGAAAAAGCUCCCUUAUAAAGCUCUAUAAAGUUCAAUUUUCUCUGUAACUAUGAAAAAGCUCCCUUGAAAAACACUAUAAAGUUCAAUUUUCUCUGAAAAAGCUCACUUAUAAAGCUCCAUAAAGUUCACUUUUCUCUGUAACUAUGAAAAAGUUCACCCAGAAUUGAACAUCAGGUGGUAAGGUCUUCAAAGUUCAUUCAUAAUAUAAAACAGCUUUAUGAGACAGCUGGUUUUAUUUCAGUUUUUUAAAGCUACAAGGGAUUUUGAUCCAAGGAAUCGGACCGUGUUCCGUUGAAUCGAUGUCAUGUACAAGGGAUUGGAUCUCAUUCCGUUGAAUCGAUGUCAUAUACAAGGGAUUGGAUCUCGUUCCAUUGAAUCGAUGUCAUAUACAAGGGAUUGGAUCUCAUUCCGUUGAAUCGAUGUCAUAUACAAGGGAUUGGAUCUCAUUCCAUUGAAUCGGUCAUAUACAAGGGAUUGGAUCUCAUUCCAUUGAAUUGAUGUCAUAUACAAGGGAUUGGAUCUCGUUCCAUUGAAUCGAUGUCAUAUACAAGGGAUUGGAUCUCAUUCCAUUGAAUCGAUGUCAUAUACAAGGGAUUGGAUCUCGUUCCAUUGAAUCGAUGUCAUAUACAAGGGAUUGGAUCUCAUUCCAUUGAAUCGAUGUCAUAUACAAGGGAUUGGAUCUCGUUCCAUUGAAUCGAUGUCAUAUACAAGGGAUUGGAUCUCGUUCCAUUGAAUCGAUGUCAUAUACAAGGGAUUGGAUCUCAUUCCGUUGAAUCGAUGUCAUAUACAAGGGAUUGGAUCUCAUUCCAUUGAAUCGGUCAUAUACAAGGGAUUGGAUCUCAUUCCAUUGAAUUGAUGUCAUAUACAAGGGAUUGGAUCUCGUUCCAUUGAAUCGAUGUCAUAUACAAGGGAUUGGAUCUCAUUCCAUUGAAUCGAUGUCAUAUACAAGGGAUUGGAUCUCGUUCCAUUGAAUCGAUGUCAUAUACAAGGGAUUGGAUCUCAUUCCAUUGAAUCGAUGUCAUAUACAAGGGAUUGGAUCUCGUUCCAUUGAAUCGAUGUCAUAUACAAGGGAUUGGAUCUCAUUCCAUUGAAUCGAUGUCAUAUACAAGGGAUUGGAUCUCAUUCCAUUGAAUUGAUGUCAUAUACAAGGGAUUGGAUCUCAUUCCAUUGAAUCGAUGUCAUGUACAAGGGAUUGGAUCUCGUUCCAUUGAAUCGAUGUCAUAUACAAGGGAUUGGAUCUCGUUCCAUUGAAUUGAUGUCAUAUACAAGGGAUUGGAUCUCAUUCCAUUGAAUCGGUCAUAUACAAGGGAUUGGAUCUCAUUCCAUUGAAUUGAUGUCAUAUACAAGGGAUUGGAUCUCGUUCCAUUGAAUCGAUGUCAUAUACAAGGGAUUGGAUCUCAUUCCAUUGAAUCGAUGUCAUAUACAAGGGAUUGGAUCUCGUUUCAUUGAAUUGAUGUCAUAUACAAGGGAUUGGAUCUCGUUCCAUUGAAUCGAUGUCAUAUACAAGGGAUUGGAUCUCGUUCCAUUGAAUUGAUGUCAUAUACAGUGGAACCUCGUUUUUUGGCCAUAAUCCAUUCCAGAAGGUCGGCCUAAAUUCAAAGCAAUAUUUCCCAUAAGAAUUAAUGUAAAUACAAUUAAUCUAGCACUCGAACACCACUCUCAUAUUUUUCAAUAAGUUCUUUCUUAAAUUCCAUCGUGUUUCUUACUUUCUUUACCAAAGGGCUGGCACUGAACUUUCUUUGGGCGCCAUGGCGGCUUAUUUCACAAUCUCACUUGAUGAAGAAGCACAAAAACCAAUGGAUUUUAUGGAAAUGUUUGGAUGAAUGCACAGAGUAUAUGCUCAUUCAUUGAGAGACACAGGGAGACUGACUCACCUACGCAGGAGGCGGGCUGACGGGUCUAAUACAUCCAAUAUAUGAGGCAACGGCCAAAAUACAGAGGAAAUUUUCCGCCAAAAAACUGGCUUAAAUACAAAUUGGCUGAUAAAUACAGCAGCCGAAAAACGAGGUUCCACUGUACAAGGGAUUGGAUCUCGUUCCGUUGAAUAUAGUAUACAAGGGAUCAGACCUCGUUCCGUUGAAUUGAUGUCAUAUACAAGGGAUCAGAUGUCGUUCCAUUGAAUAUAGUAUACAGUGGACCCCCGGUUAACGAUAUUUUUUCACUCCAGAAGUAUGUUCAGGUGCCAGUACUGACCGAAUUUGUUCCCAUAAGGAAUAUUGUGAAGUAGAUUAGUCCAUUUCAGAACCCCAAACAUACACGUACAAACGCACUUACAUAAAUACACUUACAUAAUUGGUCGCAUUCGGAGGUGAUCGUUAUGCGGGGGUCCACUGUACGUACAAGGGAUGGGACCUCAUUCCAUUGAAUUGAAAGUAUAAUAUACAAGGGAUUGGACUGCAUUCCGUUGAAUUCAAAGUAAUAUACAAGGGAUUGGACCUCAUUCUGUUGAAUUGACAUAUGCAAGUGAUGGAACAUCAUCCCUUUGAAUCAAACACAACAUCCACAACAAUGAACCCUUGUUCCCUUGAAUCAAAUCUAAUCACAGAUAUAUGAACCCUCAGGGUUUAGUGCCUCCCACAUGAGAAACUUGUAAGGUGUGAGGGUUAACAAUGUAUAAUUCUGUGUAAGAUGUACAUACUACAUAUAAUCUCUGGAGAUGAAUGUACAGGGUGUUUCAAAAUGAUGGACACAAUUUCAAAGCAUAUACUACUUUGAAAUUGUCUCCAUGUGUUUGAAAGUUGUGUAACCUGGUGGUGAGGUGUAGCAAACACUAGUGUCAAGGGACCCCAAGUGUAGACUCCCACUCUGUCAAUUAUGGUGGUAUUUCCGUAUUUUUCAAUGUUGGAUAGUCUGGUAUUGUAUUGUUACUACUUCUACUACUACUACUUACUACUUACUACUACUACUACUACUACUUACUACCAACUACUACUA